AUGAAUUAUCUCUCCUGUACAUCGCAAUCAUCGAUCUCCACCGCCGAUUCCCAUGCCAAAUCCUCAUCCCAGCCCAAGAACAAAAGAGACGACACAAAACCCAUCAAAAUCACGGAGUUCGACUACACAGAUCUCGAGCUAGCCACCAGCAAUUUCUCCGAUUCCAAGCUCCUCGGCCGCGGCAGCCAUGGCCUCGUCUAUAAAGGCGUUCUCCGCGGAGGCCGCCUCGUCGCCGUCAAGAAACCCUCACAAAAAACCCCAGUCUCCCAAACCCCUAACGAAUUCGAAAAUGAAAUCGAUAUCUUAUCCAAGCUCCAGAGCCCCAAAAUCGUCAAUCUCGUUGGGUUCACCAAGAAAGAAUCAAGAGAUCGCCUUCUGGUGGUUGAAUUCAUGAGCAGAGGAACUUUAUUUGAUGUCUUGCACUCGAACCCUAGGCCCCUCUCCUGGGGAAGGAGGGUAAAAUUGGCUUUGCAAACCGCGAGAGCCAUUGAAACCCUGCAUUCCUCAAACCCACCCGUAAUUCACCGUGAUAUCAAGUCAGCUAAUGUUUUGAUCGACAGCAAUUUCAAUGCUAGAUUGGGUGAUUUCGGUUUGGCUUUGCGGAUUGGGGAUGAUUACAGAUUCAAAUCGACUCCUCCAGCUGGAACAAUGGGUUAUUUGGAUCCGUGUUACGUGACGCCUGAUAAUCUGAGCACGAAGACGGACGUAUUCAGUUUUGGGAUACUUCUUCUGGAGAUCAUUAGCGGUAGAAAGGCUCUCGACAUGGGGAAUUCUCCGCCAUCGGUCGUUGAUUGGGCUAUUCCCCUGAUAAAGAAAGGAAAAUUGUCGUCUGUGUACGAUCUUAGGGUUUUUCCACCUAGGAAUGAUACGGUUCGGAAAAUGCUGGGGGUUUUGGCUGCUAAGUGCGUGAGGCCGUGUAAAGAGAGAAGGCCGUCGAUGAGGCAGGUGGUGGAGUGCCUGGCCGAGCUGAGUCGAUUGCUCCCUUUGCAUUCUUGGAGUGGUUUGGCCAAUCCUUGUAUGAUGGUUGAGAAUGUGGGGAGGCCAGUUCAGACAAGAAAGGUGGAAAACGAGAAUCUGGAUAAUGAUGGGGGUGAGAAUAAUGGGGGACUGUUGAGAAAUGGAGGAAGAGUGUACUCGGAUUUGGGGUUUAGGAGGAAUUUGAGGGAGUUGUUGGACGGCCAUGAUGACGGGUCAGACAAGCGUGGGGAGGAUGGUAAACGGGUGUCGAGUUUGAGAUUUGAAAUUGGUAGGUUGGCCGAUGUUCGCUCGGUCGUUUUCGGCGAUGGUAAAAGUAUUAAGUCGAGGGAAUCUGUCGGUGUGGGUUUGGACAAAUUUUCCAAACUGGUUGAUAAGAUUAAUACUGGAUCCAAUGUGGAGUUGGACAUGGCAACAUAA